AUGGAUGUCAAGAAAAAGACGUUCUUGGAGAACUUGCGCUCAAAAACUAAGUUUGCCAAUCUGAAAAAGCCAGGCAAGAAGGCACUUGCCAAGCAGGGCAGGAGGUUGGCCCAUCGGCGCAGUAUUUCUGUACCAGACCUCAGGUUUGUGCCAGGUGAAGCAUUUUCUACAGACGCCUUGGGGUCUGAUGGCUCUGAUGGCGUCUUCUUUGGGGUUUCCCCUGGUGUGAGUGACACUGAUUCUGUUGCAAGUGGUGUGAUUCCUGAUGGACCAAUUUUCGCAGACAAACUGACUGAGCCUGCCCCAGAAACAAGACUCAGAGUUCCCAAAGAACACCCAGCUUCUGCUUUUAACCGAGCAAGUGCACCAGUGACCCUCUAUGAGGAAUGUGAUGAUAUGUUAAGUUCAAAAUCAGAGAACAAGGUAACUUUUGACCAGUUGUAUACACAACCAGAUAAAAAAGCCAAGGGGAAUGCACCUAAAUUUACCUUUGAGCCUGUCCCCGCACCAAGAUCUGUUUUCCACAGUACCAGUGUUCUCUCACCAAGGCUGGACAUGGCAGGGAGAGAAAAUCCCUCUGGCGACGAUCCCGCAACGGACAGGGGGCUUUCAGGUUCUCUUGCUGCAGCGUUGGCUAGAGCGAGCUCCCUCGGAGAACAAGCAAAUCCUUACAUGGAGAGGAAGAAUGUGUCAUUUGAGCAGAAACGGCCAUCAUCUGAAAAAGGGACUCCACCAGCAAACAGAGGAAAAUUAUCUCUGAUAUUAGAUGCUCCAAGCACUGUUUUGGAAAAUGCAGACCGUAAUUCUCUGGACUCUGGUACUCCCAACGAGGAGAGAGUCAACAUGACCUGGACAACGGACUCAGAAGAACCGGAACGAGAACCUUCUACUCCCUUUUUUGUGAAACAGUUCUCAAUUGACAAGGCUAUGCUUGAAGAUGCCCAGUCUGAGGAGGCCCAGGAAGAAAUUGAGGUCAGUUUUUAAAUAGAUGUACAACCCUAUGCAUUCAGUCACAGGAUAAUAAUCAUAAUUAAAGUCAGUUAGAGCAUACAUUUUUAAUCUAAAACUGUAUUAAUACUAAAUUUGUUUUUUUAUUAUUUUAUUUUAAUAGUGAUUAAUCUAGAUGUACACAGUAAAAAUUCCCAAGCCUGUUAGCAAGUUUUCUAAUACAAUGUAGCACUUCUAUGUAAAGUAUAUGUAUAUUGUAGUUCUGCUGUGACAGUAGAGGGGAAGUGUUGGCCUAUAGGAUUUGACUUUUGAUAGCCCUGGGCUAUAACUGAAACUAUGGCUGUUGUGUCUUUCAUUGUCUAAAUACCUUUUAGGUAAGGAGAGCAGCCAAAAAACCUGUGUUUCUUGUUAGAAGAACCAUGUGGCAUGCAUACUGUUGCAAAAGUUCAUGGAAACAACGAUAACAUCUCAUUUUUCUUACUGUUGACGAAUGUUACCACUGUCCUCACCCUAGUUGUAUCUGAAAAAUGAGCUGUUGUCAUGAGGAACACGUUUCCCAUUGGUUAGAUAAUAGAUGCCCUCAUGUACAAAAAGCUCCUUCAUUAGUGUAAUCCAAAUUCCAUCAGUACAAAUACCUUAACACAAAAACUUGUCUCUUGUUUUAGGUGGUGCUUUUUGCACAGCUACUCACUAAAUAUAAACAUGUAUGAUUCUAGUCUGUUCUCUGCUAUGGUGGUGCGAGAUGGUGACCUCUGUGGUUGCUGGCUCAGUCCUGUGUAGAUAUGUGAGCUCAUUUUAAGUCCACAAAAACAAAGGGGUAUAUCAUAAUCAGGUGGCUGUACACUGUUUUAACCAUACUUUUGAGCUUUAUUUUCUUUUUUACCACAUUAAUAUACUUCAUGCUUUUAUCAGUUAAAGUAACAUUAAAACUCAUUGCAACCUUUCUGUCAUUUAGCUGUGCAGUGAGCCUUGUGAUUUCUUUGAGGAGAGUCUACAAGAUCCCUUGGAAGCCUCUGUGCCAGCAGGACCUGAAGUUCAAGUACCCGGCCCAUUCCAACGGUAUCUCCUGAACAUCAACCUGAAGCAGGGCAGGAACCUGGUCAUCAAACACAAGCGCUCUGGUAGGUCAGCAACCUAUGGUUUGUCUGUUUGUCUUGGCCUCUCGUGGCCCAUAAGACACGUCUGACUUUGCACUAAAUUGGAUAAUUACUGUCUUUGUGCUCUAACAUCAAACUGCUCUCUUUACUGCGGGGAGUGUAUGGAACAUCCUCGGAUAGAUCAGUGCAGAUCAAGAGAUAUAUCAAAUUUCUUGCAAAAGACUGUAGAUCCUUGAGUGGCUGCUUAAGACUAAGCCUUUAAUGAAAUGCUGCAUGUACAUACAAUGCCUAUACAUCUCGUUAAGCUCACUACGCUUAUAAACCAAUCAGUCAGCUGAAAGUAGUGAACGGGAAAUGUGCUAUUGUGUAUAAAGGCAAGAUGGGCUGUGUUCAGUUAAUGCCUGUGUUUACUUGUACGGAUGACGUCUCUUGUCGAGCGCCGUUUGUACAAGGAAAAAAAAAACACACUACAACAGAAUGCAGUCAGACCAGUAUGACGAAAGACAGACUGGCAUCGAGCAAUCAGUGCUAAUUAGAAGAACGCACAAUCUGUACAUGAAACCACUGGGUGUUGUGACUUGGUUAUGCUACUGAUUUUGAAAUAGUGUAUGAGAUUGAAUGGUAGUAAAACCUUUAUCAAUUUUAACCAGCAGUGCUUUUCUCUCACGUGGGCUGUCUCUUAAAAAAGCAUGUUGCUCAGAGGUUUGGAAAGAAAAAACUUGACUCACAAAAAAAGUUAGCAGUUUUUUUUUUGUUUGUUUGUUUUUUAAAUCUAUUUAAAGUUGGAUGUUUGAAUUUGGUUUUCAUAAAUCUGUUUUAAUCUGCAAUAAUCCUUUAACACCAUUUGGAGCCUCCGUUUGGUUUUAUUGUAUUAUCUCAAGUCAAGUAUGAAGUUCAGCUUCAGAGAGGGUUUUGAUUUUUAUACAUGUAAAUACUUUGAUUUUAUUAAUUUACUGAUCUGCUAUGAAUCGAUUUCCUUUCUUGAGUCAUCAUUGAUUUGUGAGAGAAGCAGAGACACCGGUAUCGAUGGGUUAACUGAAGGAAAGUGGCGACAUCAUGUGGCUGCAAAUGGUACUACAACAUUUGAGAAACCCAUGUGUGGUCUCAUUAAUUGUGGCUACUUCUAUAUAUUUGACAGAUUUCUCUGGUAAAAAAAAACUUUAAACAUGGCAGUAUUUCAAAGCUAUAUCAAUGUAGCCUGGAGGAGGUUUCUGUACGGUUUCUGUCGCGCUGUAUCUCUGAAAUCACAUCGCAGUAAAAGCAUUUCUCCUUUGGAUGAUCGUUUCCUUUUCUUCCUGCCUGGUGGCCUGAGCCCCCUAAGCCUAGUGCCCUACUCCCUGCUAGUUGAGACCUUACUUUCCCUGACAAGAUGGCACCAUGAUGAUGCAAUCCCCACACGCCCCCUGUCUCUCCACUGUUUGCCCAACAAUCAACCCUGUGCCAAAGGCUCAGCAAUAGCAUACAUUGUCAUUACUUAUUCUAAAAAGGACCCACACCACCAGCCCCCACUCCUUGGUUUUUGUUCUCGCCUUUUUUUCCCAUUAAUUUCCAUCGUCACCGUUCUCAGUCAUGCCAGAGCUUUUCUCCUUGCUAGCUGCCACAUUCUCCUCCUGUCAAGUUGCCUGGAGGUUUCCCUGUCACAGGCUGGCAGGGUGGAGCUGCUGUGGGUCCUGCCUGCCUUUGCGAGAUGUUCAUUUGGAGUGGGGAGCUGACAGGCCUGACAGCCCAUCCCCACAGGGCCUUUGUCAUGUGAUUCAAGCCUCCCUGCAGGCUCUCUCAAGCACCCCUUUAUUCCCCUAUACAAAUGAAGGCAUGGGACUGGCUUUCAUUUUUUGGCCAAUCUGCAUGCAAUUGCAGAAACAAAGAAAUCCCAUACCCCCACUCUACUCGCAGACAGACUUUCUUAACAGGCUUGGGAGAUUAACACUGGUUGCUUCUCGUUCUCGGUUCCUGGUUACCUCAUGCUGGCUAGUGUGUCUACUCUUUCACAAUUAAAAAGCUACAUGCCUCUGUUUUGCCAUGUGUGAGGUGCAUCUCCUCAUAUUUCAGUCUCACACACCAUCAGCAUGAGGGGACGGAUUGUAGAUACGUGUGUUAAUUUGUGUGUUUUCAUACAUACUCAAAAUACGUUUAACAAGAAGUGAGGAGUUUGCAUUAAAUGUCUCUCUUGCCACAGUUUCUACACUGUUAUUGAACAUUUACAUAACACUUCAGAUAAUGACCACUCGCUGAUUUGCUUUUUUAUCCUGUUUUAUUCUAGGUACUAGUGAUCCUUAUGUGAAGUUCAAACUUGAGGGAAAGCAGCUUUAUAAAAGCAAAGUGAUCUAUAAAAACCUGAAUCCACGAUGGAACGAGUCCUUCAGCUAUCCUCUCCGUGACAGAGAACAUAUUGUGGAAGUUCGGGUAGGUAUUGUUGUUUGAACGGAAGUGCGGCGGUCUUGUAGCAGAGCGCGCAGCUUCUGUUUAUAAUCUCAGUGGUGUUUGUUAUGUUGUUGCAGGUCUAUGAUAAAAACCGGACAGCUGAUGAGUUCAUGGGUUCAGGCACUAUUCCUCUGAAGAAUCUGGAGUUGUACAAGUAAGCAACAACAUUUUCAGCCAACUUAGAAGACAGAUCAUUGACCAGUGGUCAUAACUCUUCCUGUCUCUUCGCAGAACCUAUGAAAUGGAGCUUCGUCUUGAUGAUCCAAAGAGUAAAGAAGAUGAUAUGGGAGUAAUAGUUGUUGACGUUUGCUUAAUGUUCAGAGACGCCACCAUCAAAAGAAGCCCUGUAAGGUUAUUUCUCUGUAUUAGAAGUCUUUGUAUUUCUCUGAUGCCUGCCUUGAUCAUCUUGUACUAACUUAUGUUAUCCUUUUUUUUUUUUGUUUUUGUAGAGAUGGCCACAGAGAAAGAACAAGGUACGUAUUAAUAUGCUAUAAAAAUUGUUUAAGUUAAAUUUCAGGAUUGUUUCUUGACUGCUGGUUGUAUUGCUGAGUUGAGCUUUUCCAUGUUAGUGCUUCCAUUUCCCCAAUCCUGAGCACUAGGGGGCAGUAGCUCACUGUGCUAUGAUGCAACAAAGAAUGAGGUGUGUGCUCAGGAUGCAGGCUUUUGUGUGUAACCUUGGUUUGAGCACAGCCUAUUUCUUUUGUGGUUUUAUUCUAAACCUUUUUUUUUUUUUUGCAAUGCAUAUCAUUUUCAUUGGUAUCAUUUGUGGAAAAAAAAGUACUUCAUGGUAUUACAUUCUGAUCAAAAACCCAAAUAAUAAUAUUGACUGAAUACAUUGUCGUGAAAGAGCCUUUAGAUGAGUAUUACAGAGCAGUAUUUGGUUUUGUUGUAAACAAAGUUCCAUCUCUUCUCAAGUGGUUUUCGAUAUAUUGCAGCUGUAAUUAGAUUCAGAGUGAAAUAGGAGGGUUGCUGUUUGGGACUGGCACUGUGGCGAGUGGGUUUAUAUUCACACCUAUGUAGUCACUACAUCUGCCACUGUUCAGUCUCUUGAUGGUCCAGUAGACAAUCUCAAUUUGAAAUUAGAUGACAAAGGAAUGAAGCCAUUUUCAUACACAGUGUAGGUUAUCCACUACAGAUGGUUAAAGAUACUCAAAGGGAGACAGAAAUGUGUGAUGGGACUCUUCACAAUGUUCUGCUGCCUAAAUCACAGUGCUAAUUUAACAACGUAACAAUGCCAUUUUUUCCCUGUUUCAUUUUUGACAAACGUACAAUAUCUUAUUGCAUUUAACACCUAUCCUGGAAGUGCUGAAUACCCAGCUCUUGCAGCUCUACUCCCCCUCUUUCUGAACAUCGUUUUCUCCCUCUGUGUUGCCACUACAGAGACAGGGAAUGGCAAGUGCCUAAGUAAAAACUCUGCUGUGUGAUAGUGUUUCAAACAGGAGGGGGUGUAUGGGAGAAGCGGGAGGGGGGCUCUGCUGUUCGAGGCAUGUUGCCAGUGCGGGAUGCCUAAGAUCUGCAACGCUGAUAAUUCCCAGGCAUAGCGGGCAAUAACCCAGAUGUUAGGAUGUAAUAUCACAGCUGUGGAUGGACAGUGCUGAGGUACCAGCCAAAUGGACGUGGGUCUGAGCUCAUCGUGCUUGUCCCCAUGCUGUCCCACCAUAUGGAAGCAAUCGCACAGCCCUUUUAGGACCAGGAAUAGAUUCUCUUUAGGGGCCACUUACAGUUAAGUGGAAUUGUUUUAUUGGCCGCUGAGAUAGAAAUGUGUCCAAGAUAAACACUUGGGAUGACUUGGCUGAGGCCUGUUUUAUAUCGCUCCUCCACUCCCUCUGUUCCUCUUCUUUUGAAGGGGGCUGAUAUUUAUAGGGCUGCGCCUGUGGUAUUCCAUGUUAAUUCAGGUCCCUGAGAUGUGCUUUGAUCCCCUCCGGAUUGGGUGGCAAUGUGGGUUGUGACCCUGUAGUGAAGAGGAGGGGCCGGAGUGGCAGGGGAGUUGUAGCGGGGCUGUUUGAAGUAGCGUCGCCAGGGCAGUCGAAGGAGCUGGGCAAUCAAAGAGGCUAGAGCAGAUUAUGGUCCUGCUCUUUAAUUACAGUCAUCCCUACACAACCUCUCUGCUGUUUGUUUUAACAGCCUUGGCCUAUCACCGCACAGCCUCACGGGAACUCUAACAUGGAGACGUAUCAAGGCCCCUCUCUCUCACUCCCUAUGUGACACGCGGCGAGAGAAGUGGAUUGUUUGCCGGGCUUGUCCUUCAUUUAUGAAAAAGUUCUCCAAUUUAAAACAUCUUUUUUGCGUUUGGCUGUUUCGUUUUCUUGAAAAAAUGUUUUUUUUACUUGGCUGGUUAAAAUAAAUUUUGAUGAUUUUGCCCACAUGCAGUUAACUCUGAGGCUGGCCAUACAUACUGCAUGUAUGCAUAAUUUGCUGAUGAGAGAGCUGUGUGGUUUGCAUCAUUACUCACUGCUGCCUGCUGUCUCUGGUGCAGUAUGCCAAGUGUCCUGCCUCCCCACACUCAGUCUGUGAGCCAGUGAUGAGUGGGACUGUCACAGCCAGGGACAUCUGGCUGCUCGCUGACGUCCCUCUCUUCCUUUCUCUCCAGGAGCCUCCAUGGUGUGGCUUGCCUGUCAGUAGAGAUGUGCUAAUGUGCUCCAACAGAGAUGUGCUGUAUAGUGUAAACCUUUGUCCUAGUUAAAUGCACUCUGUGAACAUGAUGAGGUGCCAGGCUGAGGCAGGAGCACGUAAAUAGAGGGGAGUGCACAGGGGCUCCCUCACACAUGGUGCUUAAAAGAAAAAAAUUAAACUGUCUGUGUGUAUCUUUGCCCUGCAGCAGAACCAGGCCACGCCAGUCCAGCGGCCUGUCGAAACGCCGAAGAAUCAGCUGAAAAAUCAGAUGUGGACCGGGGUGCUUGGAAUCACCUUGGUGGAAGGACUGGACCUACCACAAUACGGGAACGGGGACAUUUAUGUCCGCUUUCGCCUGGGUGAUCAGAAGUACAAGAGCAAGGUUGGAUUUGUUUUCAAGAGUCUUUUUUCCCCACUUCUGCUCGCCUCCGUUUCUCAUGCUCUCGUGUCUUUUCAAAGUCCUCUCUUUAUACUUCAAGUCUUCUUCCCAGCGCCUUCCUCUUACUUCCCCGCUUCCCUCUCUCAGCAGGUGCCUGUCAGUGACUCACCUCCACCUUGGCUCACUGGGCCAUGGCAGAGGCAGCUCAUUAGACUGGGCAAGGCUGCCACUCACUUCUCCCCGUGCUUCAGGCGCUGGGCUUCAUUGCUUUCAUUUGCAUACCCAGCAUGCCCUGUUCAUCUACCUGUACUUGUUGGCCUCCCCCCUGAUGAUUCCACGGUGCACUUGUCUUGUGUUGUCGUGUUAUUUCUUUGUAAACCUUUCUGCUUUCCUCUCCGCUUGUUUGUUUGUUGGACAAAGCUGAUUCUAAUUGGAAGCUGUCAGUGUUUACAAUCCCUGAGUGGCUACUGAGGUGUACACAUACAAGCACACACAAAUAAAGACACACAGGCUCAAUACACCUCUCCUUCUCCUCUCCUGCUUCGUUCUGGUCGGACUGAGAGAAGACUUAAUCCACCUGUCAUGCAGGGGCUGCUCUGUCUCAUAAUGCAUUAAACCUGACAUUGCGUUGAAGUGUGUGUGUUUCCACAUUACUGUAUGUGCUGAAUCUGUGUCUUUUGCUGCCCCCAGAACCUUUGCAUUCAGGCCAAUCCCCAGUGGAGAGAGCAGUUUGACUUCAAUCAGUUUGAAGAUAAGGAACCUCUGCAGGUGGAGGUGUUUUCAAAGAGAGGGAGGAAGUGCGAGGAAUCAUGGGGGAUGUGAGUAUUUCCAGGUGGAUAGUGUUAAUUUUGCUCACAUUGGCUCCUCCACAGAACUAGUUGGCCUUAUGUGUUUCAAUGGACCUAUUUUCCUUUUGUGUCAGGUUUGAGAUUGACCUAUCCAGACUCCCACUUAAUGAGAGGCAGCUCUACACUCAUGUGCUGGACCCUGGAAAGGGCAGGCUGGUGUUUCUGGUCACCCUGAGACCCUGCUGGGGUGUCUCCGUCUCUGACAUCGAAACAGCUCCCUUAGAGAAGCCUGAUGGGCGAGACUCAGUCGUGGAGAAAUUUGUGAGUUUAUUUCUUAUUUUUCUGAUAUGAUUGCUUCAAGGAGGUAUCAAUAAUACAUUUUUUUUAUUCAAAUUAAUUGAUGAACUAUCUUCAGGAAAUCUACCUUGGAUGAACUUUUUCCUUUUCUUUUCCUUUUAGAGCUUGAAGAAUUCGCACAAGAAGGUGGGGGAGGUCGGCUUUCUUCAAGUGAAGGUCAUUAGGGCAAAUGAUCUUCCUGCAACAGACCUCAACGGUAAUCCAAAUCAACAACCUGCCUCGCUCUUUUCCAUUUGCAUGCCUCUGUAUUUGCAUUCUCUAUUCUCUUUUUGUCCUUUUCAGGAAAAAGUAACCCGAUAUGUGUAGUUGAGCUUGGAAAUGGCAAACUUCAAACUCAUACUCUCUACAAGACCAUCAAUCCAGAGUGGCACAAAGCCUUAACAUUGUGAGUAAGACAUCUCCUCAAAAAUCUGUUGUUCUUUGUUUGUUUGUUUGUUUGUUGUGAGUAAAUGUAUUUCCAUUUGCUCUCAUGUUGCAGUCCAAUCAAGGAUAUUCAUGAUGUGGUGGAGUUGACUGUCUUUGAUGAAAAUGGGGACAAAUCCCCAAACUUUUUGGGAAAAGUGGCAAUCCCAUUACUGACUGUGAGUUUGUUUUUUCUUAUAACAGCCUCUAAAUUUCCUCUGUGAAACACCAAAGAUUUUGAUUAUUGUACAUAUUAUAUGAUAUCCAUUUUCUUGAAUCUAAAAGGUCCAGAACGGACAGGAGAUCUGUUUGUUCUUAAAGAAAGAAGACUUGGGGAGUGCGUCAAAAGGAACUAUCACACUGAUUCUGGAUGUCGUCUAUAACAGAGUAAGAAACAAGCUGAGUUAGUUUGAUCUUUCUCACAAUUUUACAAUGAUCUGCAUCAUAAACUACAAUGUUAAAUUCUGAGAAACUGCAGCUUUACUUUCCUUCAUUUGUUUUAGGUCAGAGCUGGCAUCCGAACCUUCCAGUCAAAGGAGGAGAAAUUCACUGAGGAAAACGUGAAGUUCUCCAAAAAGGUUAUCUUAAUUGACAUUUUUUUGCAGGAUUUAGCAGAUGGAACAAAAAAAACUUGCCAAUAUGCUCCCCUCACAUCCAAGUAGUAAAGUAGCCACAACAAAGCCACACAUGGUCAUAGUUUGGAUUGGACUUAGUCAAACUAAUUACUUUAAUUGGCUGUAAACAUUUAAUUUCUCAAGUGGCAAGGAAGGGAUUUUCAGCAACUUCAACCUCAUUGCAAAGUCAUAAACAUUACGUCCAGUAUCAAACGAUGCUAACCAGUGUUUUGUUCCAAUUAUUUCCCAUUAGAUUCUUGCCCGGAAUAUAUAUCGGGUUCGAAAAAUCAGCACAGCAGUUCUGUACACGUUACAGUACAUUAAAAGCUGUUUUCAGUGGGAGAGCACGCAACGGAGUCUAAUAGCCUUUCUGGUAAGUCAUUGCCUCACGUUAAUGAACUCUCUUUAAGCCUAGGGGCGAACAAGUUUUGUCCCAUUUCACUGCAGCCCCGCUUUAACUCUUUCAUUUUAUGUGAAUUAGAUGUUCAGGAAAAUCUCCGGUUUAGCCAUUUUCUCUCCGCUCGUCUUUUCCCAUGAAAAACAAUGGCUGCCUUUCAGUUUUUAUCCCAUGCGUGAUGUGAUGGAUGUGCUUUAUCCUUUAAAUCAAACCCCACUUGGCUUUCCUUCAGUUCUGAUGACAUUAGAGUGUGUUUGAAGGGGUGGGGUUUGGGCGUUUGUAUGUCUGACUUCUUAGCAAAGCCUCCUGACCCAGGGGAUGGUGUAAGGAGGAUCACAGUCUCAGCUUCCUUGGGUGGAGGAGUGACAGUCUGCCUCCGAGAUUUGAACCUUGUUUAAAUGUCUCUGUUUAGCUGUUUUUAAUGAGGGUAUGUGAUCUAAGGUCCUAAGCUUAAAUAAUCUUAAAUCACCCUGUGAAUCCCCCCUCAGUACAGCACAUGUAAUGUCAUGAUUAAGAGUGUACACUUGCCAUGAAAGCCCUGCCAGCGCCGUGUCAGGGUGAGGAAGCGGUCACAGACAGGGUGUGUGAAGAACUCUCCUUUCGCCGCCUUUCUUCUGUCUGCUCUGUCUCAGAGUGACAUGCAAUUCAUACCUGGUGUAUUCUAUAAGCCCUUCUCACUGAUCCUGAGGUGCAAAUCCCUCCAGGCAAUGGCCGGGCUCAGUGUAUCACAGCCUUUGGAAUAGACAGACAGGCAGGCAGGCAGGCAGGCAGACGCACAGACAGGAAGACGGAGAACAAUGCAGGCAAUUGUGUGAGGAUAGAGUGGGAGGGAGGCUACUAUCUGGGAAAGAAAGUUAGGGCACAGAAAGAGGAAGACAGUUUGGUUAUAGCGCGCGGUCUUAGCAGGCAGAUAGCUAGAGACUCGGAGGCAGGGAUAUAGGCAGGAGAGCAAGAGGAUAGGGAGGCUGACAGGUGACAGGUCAGCGGGAUGGGGCCAUCUUCCUCCACCUAUAAUUAGAUCCACCGCAGGCGAUGGGGGUGUGUGGUGGCACACUCUAAUCUUUCAUUUCCACUUCUACUCCACCUGCUGUUUAGGAGUUUAGGUUUGGCACACAAAUACAGACCUCAGAAUAAAGGAAAAGACACACACUCGCUAGUUUCAUCAUCCCGGUACUUGCCGUUACUGCAGGGUAUUGCUUUCUGAUCUUAUUUUGCCAGGUGGGUGUUUACCGAGCUUCCUGUCAGUGGAGAUGAUAAUUCUUGUGACAUUCACUUUAUCUGCUCUGUCCUUUUUUUUUUUUUUUCCUGAAACAUCUCCUUCAAACAGCUGCACACUGGUUUGAAUUAUUUUUAAAAGCAGAUAAUAACAGAGCAGUCAGAGCAGAGCUUUUGUCUGGGUGAGGUGUGCUUUAAAUAGUCCAAGUGUCAAAGGUGCGCAGUGAGAAUUACCCAAACAGAGAGAAUCCGCUGCCUUAGAGUAUAUUUAUCACCCACUCGUCAGCAGACUCAGAGUUCAACAAGUGAAAAGUUCUGUUUUUUUCAAUGAAUCAUUAUAUCCUCAACAAGUAACCAGCUUACAGUCAAACAUGCAAAUGACAUGUGUGUGUUUCAUGUAAUUGAUAGUAACAGAGAAAACUUUGAACCUCAUCGUCCCUCUGACAGUCGACAAGGGCAACAACGGGGUCUCAGCUGACUGUCAUUACAAGCUGAGUGCCGUGCCACCAUCCACACUAGUGCCCCUGCCCACUCCAAGGCGAGCCACAGAGCAACCACUCCUCCUCCUUCAAGUCAUCAUUUGCAAUUAAGUUAGUGUUUGGAGCUGUCUAAAGCAGCAUGCCACCAUGUGCCUUAAUGAAAGCAGCUCCCACUCCUAUCUUUAUAUCUUUAGGCAGUGGUAAUAAGGUAACUGAUUCAGACAUUGACAGAUGGCCUCUGCUUGCCUCUCAGAUGUGCAUAAUUAUACCACUAGUGCCUGCUCUUUUCCACAGUGGCAGGCAGCACAGGGCUUCUCAGGGUAUGCCGAUAGGAAACGCUGCAGUGGUGGGUCUAGCUUUAAUAUACAUUACAAUACAUUAUUUAUCAAGCAGGCAGACCAGUCCUAGCCUUUUACACCAUAUACAUCCUGUAAUGCAUUACCGCUGCUGUGGUUUCUACUGGGACUGCGGGAUGCUCGCGUAGUGCUUUACCAGGAAUACUCAGCCAUUAUAUCACUAAGUCCCACAGGCCAAUUUUCUGACCUGCACGCAGCAUGCAGUCUACAUUUGUAUCCUGUUUAUGUAGAUUCAUGUAUGCAUUAUGAAGUGAUUGUUGGUGUGUUGUGCGUAAGGUAUUCAAAUUUUGCAUGAGGGAUCACUGCUCAGGUUCACGUUAACCAGGCGGGCAAAAAAGAAAAAAGAAAAACGGAGAGAAAAACAGAGUUUUCCUCUUUUCUUCCUUCGAGAAGUUUUCUUUGUUCAGAUCAAGUUAACUUUUCCCUCAUAAGUGACAAUCAGAAAGGUUCACAUGGAGGAACAUUUAAAAUUGGCAUUUACAGGCUGGUGGUUUAUUUGGUUUUUAGCUGCUACUGAGUGAUAUUGUUUGAAAGGAAACCCUGCAGCGAAUGGAAAGAGUUGCAGUAUUGUCAUUGUUUCCAGGUGUAGAAGGUUACCUGUUUUGAUUGUGCAACCUCAUCUGCAGAGACCGUACUGUUUGAAGUUGCCUUCAGUUUUCAACCCGUGUGAAAGCAGUUUUAAAAUAGUCUCUUUAAUUAGGUAACAAGAAGAAAGAAAAAACUCUUUCUCACGCGUUUAUACAAAGUUCUGGCAAAUGCUCAUAAACAUUUUCAUCAGUGAGCGGAAAUCCAAACAAGAAAUUUAGAUUUUUUUUUCCUCCUCCUCUUGUUUAUGCUACAGUAAUGAGCCUGGGAUCUGCUCUUUUCAAGAGUUUGACAACAGCAUGUUCUUUUCUCAGAGAGAGAGAAAAUGUGACAGCGAAAAUCUUCAUAAAAUAACCGCCUUUAGAUGUGCUUUCACUAACACUGAGCGAGAUGAAUGUGCUAUACAUCAGCAGUGACUGCAGAGGGGUCACCCAGAGUUCUUUGCUGCAUGCAAAAACCCGACCUGUAGAUGGCGCUACAGCACUGCUGGAAACACCAACGAAGGUGGAGAUCGGUUACUUUUCCCAACAGGAGCCAUUUGUGGGAACAACUUGGAGUGAAAUCCUCCAUUCUGUGCAUUAGAACCAAGAGACACAAGUUUCCUCAAUAAGAAAAAAAAAAAGAGGAGGAAAAAAAAACUAAGCAUGAAUUAGCCGGCCAAAUUAAUCUGCUUCAGAAGUUUAAAGUUGGGAACAAUUUUGAUUUAGAUGAAAUGCAUGAAAGUUGAAAAAGAAAAGAAAAGGAUCAUUUACACUUGAAAGCUGAUUUUGAGCUUUGCUGUCAUUAGAGCUCUUUAAGUAUUUAAGUAGAAUUAAUAUUUUAACAUACGAGGUACCUCAUCUGUCAGGAGUUAGACUAGAAAGGAACCUGGUAUACCUUAUGUGAGUUUUUGAACUGUUUUCUUUUUGACACUGCCAGGUAGCAACCGCUUUAGACAUCAUUUGACAGCCUGUGAAAUGCUGAUUGCCUCACAUCACACACUGUAAAGAUGGCAUUUGAUGAAUGUUUGAUGCGGUGCAGCUGUAAACACACUUGGCAGCUGCAGCGGGCACUUUUUUUUUUUUUAGGGAGGGAUGAUAGAAUCAUCGUCUGCCCAGAGGAGGGCAGGACAGGGUCAGAUCUGGCUCCAGAGGUCUCAGGAGACCACCUGUGCUGAGCCACAGCAGUCGGGGCCAUUAACUAGAGCACCAGCCCGGCCAAGAUCAAAGCCGUAAUCAGACUUGUCAUAAUUGUUCUUGUUAACACCGUCCCUGAAAAUGAGAUCCUUUGUGAGUUUUAGAAGUGAGUGUUUGUGAUUUUACUGCAGUACCGGGUGUCCGAGGUUUUUUUUUAGGACUGUACAUGCCUGCGAGUUCUCCCCCCUGAUUCUUUUCUGCAUCUGUUUUGUCUCCCUCGGAAAAAAAGUUAGAGGCCUUAAAGGAGUGGGUUUCUUCAGUCCCUUGGGGGUUACGCUCUCCAUCUCCCUGGCUGUGGGAGUUUUCACAGACUCACUGCAGUGGGAAUGUGUCAAGUAGGAAGAAAAAGAUGGCAGGGAUGGCGAUGUGUGUAUUCAUCUGAUUGGGUCUGAGAGAUCUAUUAAUUAUUAAAUGAUAGGAUAUGACUACUUGCAGACUGCUCAGCAUCGCCUCACGAUUUAACACAGUGUUAUUAUUUAGCCGCCCUGAUUGACUGUGUGUCAGUUGACAGCUCCUCGGCUGUUGCUGUGCGUAACCUUGAAACAUGUCCCCUUAUUAGUGGGAUUAACAAGCCUUCUCUGCUAAUAUUCACUUCAUUAGAGCUGUGAAAGUGUUCUCAAUUUCACGUGUUUUAGGACACAGAUUUUUAGUUUCGAGAACACAUUUGAUUCAAUUUAAGCGUAUCAUUAUCAGUAGGCAUUAUUAAACAGCCUGGAGUAACUUUCAAGUACAAACAAGUCGAGUGUCUUCAGAUUUAUAAUCAGCCGCUAAAUAAAUGUGUCGCCUCCAAAGUAGAGGUUUUAUUUGUGUUUGUGCUGCGCUCGUAAUUGUACUGAUGCUUAAGUCCUGUCUCUCUCAGCCAAGAUGAAGUAUGCUCUGUGUUUAACCCCGUUGUGUGUGCCGUAUCAUAAUGACUGCCUUUAACAUACUCGCCACCUUCCAAGUCACAGAGGACACCUCUCCCCAGGCAGCUGAGGCGCUGACCCGCCCGCCCUUGUGUGUGGCUGUUCCGGGGCUGGUCUUGGCCCUUGUGCAUUAACGUGCGUGUGAGCUGAGCUGACAGGGAGAGAGAGUCCGUGCCACUCCUUCCCCAUCUCCUCAGGGGAAAAGGCUCGCAUGGCAGAUCUGUCACCCAGGAGGUCGUUCAGUGUUAACGCUCCCGACACGGAUUAAACACUAGUGGCCAGUGCCGGAGUGCGGGGUCAGUGUAGCCACCACUGACAGGCACCAUGGGGCCCCCAACGACUGCCCAGCUGCAGCCUUGUAGUGGUGCUACUCUGGCCCUGGCAUGUGUCAGACAGUUUGGGAGACGACGGCCAGAGCUUGCCCUGUGAGCAACGCUUCUACUUGGCUCUGCACGGUUGCUUCUCCUCUUCUGUAACAAUCACUCACUGCCCUUUGAAAAUAUCCUCACAAACAGAUACUUUUCAUCUUUCUUAGUCAUACCUUUGUGAACAGUCAGAUUUUCACAAUAACUGUACUAUUAGACUAAAUAAUAGAAUUUUUAUGGGCUAUUUUUAGCAUUUGACUUAAACUGAGGAAUAUAUUUUUUGUAGCUCAUAGCUUACGUUUUUUUUAUAAAUAUGUUUAUUCUUGUUACUUUUUGAAGGCAAUAUAGAGAGAUAUAUUACUGAUAACUGUAAAUUAAAUAAGAAAUUAAGCUACCUCCUAAUUUAUGGGCAGUAAAUAUCAGCACGUCUGUAUCUGUAUUUCAGAAUUCAAGUAAAAUUUGCAUCACUCUCUAAAAUUGUUCCGGCUGAUUUCCCCCAGCUGGAGAGGGACACUAGAUUCCCCAAUUUAUCGCACUCACUCAAUAUGGGCGUUCUCUCUCUUCUUCUCUCUCUGUCUGUCUCUCUCCCUCUCUCUCUCUCUCUCACUCACUCUCCCCAGUCGAUAAGACUUGAGCUGAGCAUAUGUGAAAUAUUUAUUCAGUGUUUGCUCAGAGCGCCAUAGCUGCCCACACACUCUACCUGCCCUGAAGAGAAAUCUUAUCUGUGCUUCCUCUGCCUCUGACACCCCCUGAAAGCCUGUCCCCACACUGGCCCGAGCUCAACACAAAUUACAUGUCUCAUUGCUCUGCAUUUACAGCUACUUUAAAGCCUGCCGCUCCUCCUGUCCCCUACACAAGCCCUCAGCCAGACUCUGUUUCAGCCGGAGCAAGAAAGGAAGACCUGCAUGAGCUGAGCUGCUACUUGUGCCUUUGACUCAUUAUUAAUCUCUCUUUUUUUAAAAUUGCAGAUAUAUUUGUACCAUUUUAAUUCUGUUUUUUUGUUUGUUUGUUUGUCCCAUACUUGCGCUUAGUCAAAACCACAGGAUGUCCUUGUCCUUUCAAAAACAAAAAGACAAACACACACACACACACACACACACACACACACACACACACACACUCAUAGGAAAAAAAGACUCUUUAGCCUGUAGUCUGUUUUGUUAAACUCUUUCAGUAUACGUAAUCUGGCAUCUAUCCACGGCCCCCAUGACUGACCCUCAUAAAGCUGGCUGGCGCUCCUCUUGCUUUGUUUAGCUUUCCAAGUGGUGUGCAAGUGAAUAGUGUAGAUACACACAGUUUUUUUAUGAUGCAUAGUCUUGAAAAUAUAUUUUUAAAAAGACAUUUACCUUCCUCAAAAGCCGUAGGAAUUAUCUCCUCAGUUUGUGGUUUUUUGGAUGCAUUAGUGAUAGUUCUGCUUGGCUUUAAUUUGCCGUAAUAUCCCAUUUAUUUGUCUCACUAACAGCACAACAUGGGUUUUGCUGAUGUGAUGCCUAUAUUUAUAGCUUUUUGUUGAAUGUGGUGUGCAAGGGGAGCUUUUGGCAGUCUCGCAGUCUGGUGCCAUGUCUGCCAAUCAGUGGUUUGGUUGGUAGACUGGGCCACCACCUCCUCUUAAUCAAUUUACAGGAUGGUAGAAACUCUUACAGAGGAUGCUUUUGUCCCUUUGUUCCUGCUACGAUCCCUUCUCCCUCUCCUGGGAGAGUGUGGGUGGUGGGAGCUGCCAUGCUUGCUCAGCUUUAAGUUAUUUUAUUCACACUUUUAAUCGCUGAGUGCUUUAUUAUUAGGUGCUGGAUUCUGCUGGCCAGGGGAUCUGCAUGAGAAGGCGCAGAAUGCAUUUAGUGGAAUCAUAUUAAUGGCACUAUAAAACAAAUCUGUCAGGCUGUUCUUAACCCUGCUGGCAGAAUUGCACUGCCCGGGGUUGCCCCCUUCUCCAAGCGCUUACAGGUGGCUAAGGAGAGUGCAUCUCCAUCAUCUACUCCACCGUACGCUAAUAGUUUUAUUAAUUCAUUCUUUUUUUUCCUCCCCAGGCACCCUCUGCAUAAUCAUACAGACAUUUUUCAGCUAAAUGGUGUUUGUCAAGGGAGGUUUUCUACUUUAGAGACACUCCUCCAAGACAUACAUACUCACACUUGUUCAAUUACAAGUCGUUCGUUAUCCAAUUCUGCUGUGUGUAAACCUAAAUGCUCGGAUAUAUCAUUAAUUGUCACCCGCUUGUGUUUGUUUGUUGCUCCAUGUCCCGUUUAGGUAAAUAAUGACAGUUUUACCUCGCGUGCAACAUAUUAGCACUGUCGUCUUUGCAAAGUUCAAGGUUUUUACUUGUCACGAAUAAUUUGUUGAAGGAUGAAACAAAUCUGCAGUUGGCCCCCUUAAGACUGAAAUGGAGCCCGUCUUAUGUGGCAAUUAAAAUGUGGAUUUUUUAUUUCUACACAAAUUUACACUCGCGCCCGAAAGGUUGCUCUUUGUCCAACAUGUCCUUUAAUCACUCAGCUGCUUGCUAAUAAAACAUAAACCACUUAGAGGGGAAUUAGUUCUGUCUCCGUUUCACAGAAACGCUGGAGAAUGUGAGGAGACAGGGGGAAGGUAUAGUCCUGCCUCCGCUCAUUACUGCGGCACGUCUGACGGCGAAGUCUCAGUGUGUGCACCUGAGUGAAGGAAUCUGAGAGGUUCUCCCAGAUGUUUCUCUCCAGCGUUUUUAUUAGUGUUAAAAAAGCAUGUAAAUCCUGAACACAUGGGCUGACACACUAUGAGGGAGGAAUUGAGAAGAUAUUUCUGACAGUUUUGGUUUAUACCCUCAUUUAAGCACUCAGUUUAGACACAAGGCAUUGUAUUUCUGUAGGCUUUUAUCUUGUCCACUGAGCCAGAACGCAGUGAGCAGAAAUUUGCAUUAGUGGGCGAUUAUGAAUACCUGUGACAGAUUCUCUCUACCGGCUCCCUGGGUGGAAAUGAAUUGGCUCCCUCUGUUGACUUGCACAGGAAGACAGAGACCAAGCAAUUAGACUUUAGUGGUUAAUGUAGCAGCUUUUGCAGGGAGGGCAAGGAGGUUCAACAUUCCUGCUGGGCUCAUGUCAGUUUCCAGGCACAUUUUUACCUCUUUUCUCUUCCCUUUUUUACGAGAAUACUGGGAAUAUGACAAGCUACCUGUCCACCAGCCAGCUGAAUUCCUCUGGGGUGAGGGUAGCGCUGCUGUAGAAUCCCCUCAUGGGAACUGAGGUGACAACACAUGACGUAGGUUAUUCAUAACAGAGAGGAGAUGUACUGCAGCUACCUCUGUGCAUCAUGCAUAUUCAUUGUUUACCUUUUUUUUAUCCCCCACUGGCUCUAGUUUGUCGCUGCAUAUGUAAUUCAGAGGGGCUCUAAUAUGAAAUAGCUAAAAACAUAUUGCUCGUAUUGUUCAUUUCUCUUUAUGUUGCUCACCCCGCCGUGGCUCUGCAUGACUCUGUGGCUCUCGUGUGAUCUCCCAGGUUGUUCUGAGGGAUAAUGGACAGGACAGUGGUGAAGCCUAGGGCUGUGGGGCAAAGUGUUAUCUGCCUUACUCAUGGUUCACAUUUCCCUGGUGGUCGUUUGAACCUACGCCUGGUGUGGCAAUAGGUAGACUGGCCCCCAGAGCAACAUACACGGACUCUGUGCAGCCGCUAUGACAGGAGCAGUCUGCUGUUUACAGGCCUGCUACUGAGGCCUUCAGGCCCCGGUGCUUCACAUACUGUCUCGGGUUUAACUCGAGCAUAUUGUUCAUACUCCAAGUAGCCCCCAGCUCUUUGAAUCUGAGCUGUGCAACAAUUGUGUUGGUUCUGCACGGCCACUUUAUCCAAUAUUUAAAAAAAAAUGCAAAAAAUAAUGUCACUGAAAGUAGGAUGAAUCUGAGAAUUGAUAAGGAUUCAUUGAUUAUAUAAAAAGGUAUGGUCUGUAAAUAAAAAAUGGAGCAUAUGUCGAGUGUAUUGCCACAUAAUUACACUAUAAUGGAUUUUAAGAUUCAACUUGCUGCUGGGGCACAUUUUUAUUUCAUCCCUGUCAACCUGCUGGUGUGAUCCUCCUCACACGUUCCCGAUCAUUUCAGUUGGAGAUAGACUCAUUAGGCUGUCAGUAAAUUGGUUUAAAUGCAGCCGUCCAAUUAGUCCUCUGCUGUGAAAUGCAGUGGGUGUUGUGCAACGUGCUUAGCACCACUCCUUUACAGAAUUAUGAGGGAUUACUCAUUCAGUGUGAUCCAUCUUAUUUCUACCAGGGGUCUUGGCUUUUCUCAGUAUCAUCGCCAUGGAGGGGGUAAAUGUUGCAACUGCUUCUCCGGUUGCCAUAUGCGCCUCGUCAGAGAGCCUCGCUGCCUCCGAAUCUAAGAGGAUUUGAUGUGCUAGUUAAAAGACAGCAUACCAUGCCUAUCCAUGUCAUACUUUCUGUUCAGCAGUAAGGCACCCUGCCAGCGCGGUGUUAUUGGUGUAUAUAAAUAGGAUUUCAAGAUAUUAAAAGUUGUCCCUGAAUGUCUGUUACUUUCAAACCACUAAGAGUAAAAUCUGUUGCCACUGGCUGUAAAUCUCAGAGGAUUUACAGUCUGUAGGGCUUUUUAUGAGAUUUAGGAUGUGGUUAAAUCCAUUAUAUAUUUUGUUUUGGGAGCGGGCAAGAUGAGAUUUGAAAGCUGUGUCCUCCUGCUAUAGUGUGACGGGUUUUGCGUUACACUGUCAUGUCCUGUCUCUUCAGAUCUUCCUCUUGACGGUGUGGCACUGGGAGCUCUUCAUGCUGCCCCUGUUCCUGCUUCUGCUCAUCGGCUGGCAGUACUUUCAGCUCACCACAGGCAAGGCCAGCUCCAACCAAGACCUGGUGAGUGACAAGAACUCUUCGGUAUUCAUCAAUAUACAUCUGUAGACACAUGCUGUUAUAGUGCAAAUUCAAUCUAUAUGUUAACCUGACUCUGGUCAAACCCUGAUAGAGGGGAAUCCUUUGGCACACGUUGGGGGAAUGCAGCUUUUACCGCCACGUCAAUUAAAAACUCCCAGUGCUGUGUGCACACUGUAAAUCACAGGAGCUGUUGCGCUCUCAGUUUUAGCCGUUUACUUUAUGCUUUAUAGCUGCUUUAAUUACUUUCUAGAUUGCCUCCAUUGGCCCAACAAACUCAUAACAGUAAGAUCACUUAGACGAAAUCACUAUAAAAAGUGUUUAUAGUCUUUAGUCUGUUUAUACAGUAUCACCACAUCUGUAAACGCAUAGUUCCCCUCACAACAUGCUACUAUCUCCUCUCCUUCUACAUUUAUGGUAAUUCAGUUUGCCCUACACAUGUUUGUGAAGGUUAAUGCUGUUCACACUUCCAACUGCCCCUCAAUUUCACUGUGUUGUAAGCCUUCUCAUCGGCCAGCUAGGGGCCUGGCCUACCCACACCCCCUCCCCAAAGCAACAUACCCAGCCCCGGUGAUUGUGUUUAUGGCUGCUGGCAAAGAUGCCGCCCCUGGGCAAUGUUAAAGCCCGAGCUCACCCUCAUAUCUAGUGUGGAGACUCUGCCACCCCUCUGUGACCCUCUGGCCGGCAAUGACACAGCUCUGUUCCCAGGCAAUGUCACAUCGUGCACCACAUUGGGGUCAGGGAUGACUUGAUAUAAAGUGAUCUAGGCAACAGCAUCCAAAUUAAAUGUGUUGGUUUUUUUUAUCCCCCUCUUUUCUGUUUUUCUGUGUGCUUAUGUUGUGGAGAAAUGAGAUUGCUUUGGUGUGACAGUGCUCUUGUGAGGAAGGCCCUCUUUCACCUCUCCUUUUGUAUGAGGUCACCCCUGUGAUGCAGUCUCUAUGGAAACAAGCCUCUCCCAAUAGGGGUGAAUGUACUCAAAGAAAAUUUCAUUACUAGGUGUUUGUUAAAAAUGCUCCAGUGCCCACAUGUCCCGUUUGUUUGAAAUCACCCACUACCCUUUAUUAUCUCUUAGGUGAACAUGAGCAUGGGUGACGACGAAGAGGAGGACGAGAAGGUAUUUUAUCUUGUCUCUUUCAAACAUUUCAGCAGAUAAUAUCUUUCUAUCUAGGUUUUCAUUGUGAAUAUAAAAAUGUAUCUUUAACGGUUUACCAUGAACAUUGACACACUCUGCGGCUAAUGGAAAAAAAUUUGUUUAGAAGGCUAGCGUUUCAUUUCUAAAACCCAAAGUCAAACGUUCUUGUGUGUAGAAAUUCUUAGUCCCGGAAAUACUGCAUACCUAUGUGUCUCAAUGUCAUGAUUGAGAGCUCGCGUCUUAGAAAACAGGAGACAUUUUCCCAAAGAGCAGUGCAGGUUUUAGUCUUUUUUUGUUAAGCAUAGUAACGGUGACGGAUUUCUCAGAAGCUCUUUUCUGACUAAGAAUAGAAAUGUUUUCCUGCAUCCCAAAUGAUGGCAACAUCUAUGCAGCAGUUGUAGCAUGUAGUCCUUUUGUGUGUUCCUCUGGGUAUUCAGUGUCACUCUACAAAUGUGCUCCGCCGAGAUAAUGCAGCCCUUUGAAAAUCUAUAAAUCAAAUUUAAACAGCACUGUCAAUUAGAUUUUGCACAGCUUUUGGGUGCAGAAUCAGUCGAUAUUUUUGUAUCAUCAUCGUCUAAAUUGGAGAGUUAUGUUUAGAAUGACCUUUUAUUACUGAGACAAAUGAACAAAGUACAAUAACACAGCAGUAAACAGUAUACUCUGCCCUAAAGGUUAUCAGCCGUUUCACUCGCCCGGUUUUGAGAAAUCAUAAAUGGUGAUGUUUAUUAAUAUUUCCCUCUAGUGUCUCUUGCAAACAAAACAACAGGAAAUCUUUAAGUAGCCUGAAAAUUAUACUUUCCCUCAGCACAUAAUAUUCAAUUAAACUCAUCCCACUGUUUUUUGUAAAGAAGGAAGAGUUAACAGGGAUGUGUAUUAUUGCUUUAUGGCAAUGAAGUGUGGAGCUAACGCAAAGCCUCCAAGCAAUGACCCUUGUGCUGCGUGUCUAGGCCCAGGAUUCAUAUCCAUAAUGCGCUCAAUAUAUUCUGUUGUGAUGACCCGAGGCUACAAAAAAAGCCAGAUUCUUUUAAAAACACAGGCACAUCCACCAAAUCCUGUCUGAAAGGACGGGCUAAUUCACAGAUAAAACUCGCAUGAUAUGUCUGUGCACACAAUGUGGGAAACCACACUUGCUAUCAUUGCUUAGAACAGGCUAACGGGUGCUUAAGCAAACAGCAGUGACACAGAAAUUCAGCGUAUUUAUGAAGAUUGAAUCAGGAGGGAUUAGCUUUAUGUUUUAAAUAUACUAUUUCUGCUGCACACACAAUGGUUUCGAGUCUUUCUCUUUACCUUAAAAUCUCAGCUUUCAAUAGAGAGUGUUUAUAGUUAAAGAAAUGGUGGCGGUUUGAGAAAGGUUUAAUACUCUCUCUCAAUACGUCGCAUGUGCUUCUGAACUCAGCCUUCGUCUCUGAAAGCUGUUUGAAAGGUUUUCCAUAAACCUCCUAAGCCCUUUCACACUCUGAGGAAAUGAAAUAUCUCCUUUCAUUUACUAAUUAAGCAGUCACCCAUGUUUGUUUUAAGCUGUCAGCUUUAAUUUAAAGUGGCUUAUUUGAAAGUCUUGUUAUGGUCUCCCUGUCACUUGAAUGUGAUAUCAUGCAGUCAGAUCAAGCAGUGUAGCUUUACACCUCCUAUCAAAGUCUUCUUUAAAAAUAUUUGGGGUUAAAGAGUGAUCAGUGUUAAAUUUGAUGACUUCAAAGCUCUUCCUUUUUUUCCUCCAGUUUUUUCUCCAACAUGCGAAUAAAGGCUUUUCCCUCUGAGAAGGUUAUGAUUACCACUCAAAUAUGUUUUUAUCCCCCCUUUUCCCCCUUGAGGAAGGAAAUAUUCAAACCUCAGACAGAGCUGCAAGAAUGUGAAGGCAUGACGUUAAAGAGAGACGAAAGGCAAGGCAGUGUUACAGCAGGAUAAUACAGAACAGAUUCUUUGCCUGUGAACAAAUCUGUCCUCGGGGAAAGAGACAGCUUACAAAUUAUGUGUGGGCAAAGUGACUUCCCUUUGGCCUUAGGUAUCAAUUGUGCAGAUAGACAAUAUUUAAUCGUAACAUAAAGAAACAGAGAGGCAAAACAAGUCCAUAGAUCUCCAGCAGAAAUGAAAAGGGAAGAUGAAACAGCCCUUUCAUUGCCCCCCGGCUGGCACUGCUGGUCUGGGGUUGCCUUGCUCCCAGAGUGUACCCCAAGGGAGUUGGGGGUUGAAGGGGAGGGUGGAGAGAUGGUGUGGGGGGUGCAAGACUGGUUCUCAGGAGUUACUCCAUCUCACCCAGUAGUCCGCAGUCACCGCUGGCUCUCCUUGAGCCCACCGGUUAGAACGACUGCCCAUGUCAUGAUCGGUGGCGUGCAUCAUGAGAGAUUCAGCACAUGGACCCACCGUCUAAUUAAAGCCUCUGAGAGCUUUGGUGGUGUUUUAUCCCGGAAAAUUGUUUGUUAGCUUAUUUUAGCUCCAUGUGAGAUAAUUUGCCAGGAACACAGGUGUUUUUCAUUCAAAUGCACUUUUUAUCUUUGUCAGAGAAGUCACGAGAAAAACAUGCAGUCCUAGAAUUCAAAUUUGGCAGCGUUUAUUCUAAUUAAAGUGAUGCUAAAUGAGCUUUUUCCAGCCUUUGAUAACACCCCACAUGUCUGUGAGAGUAUGUUUACCUUUGCGCAGGAGAUCAAAUUGGUUCUCCAUUACUGCACCUUAAAAGGAAGCUUUUACAAUUUUAUCUGAAAUGAGAAUAUGAUUUCGCACAGGUUUUCUAAUCAGGAGACAUUUAGGAUUCAUUUAGUCCGUCCCCAGUUUGCCCAUCCUUUUCCAUUUCAGAAGGAGAUCUUUUAUUUAUUUUUGUUUCCUCUGUACUCGUGUACAGAGUGAAAAGAAAAGUGAACAAAGAUAAAGAAUAUCAUCAAAUGAUUAAUGUUGGAAGGACCAGGACUUGGAGUUUCGGUCGCUAAGGAGAUGGAGGAUUUCAAGAAUCUUAAACCACAUGAAUAAUGAUAAUGAUGAGAGCUCUGCCUCUCGAUGCGCACUUCAGAGAACAUCUAUUUGCCUGCUUUUCUUUUAGAAAUGAAAGACAAUAUGGUUUCUUUUUUAACUGCUGGAGCUGCGUUUCUGGGCGAAUUUACCUUACAUAUGUAUGUAGUGCGGUUAAAUAAUGCUUUAUAUCUCCUAUUAGGCCUGCAUUUUUAAUCAUGUAAUCGAGCUGCUUUACAACUUUCAGUGAAAAAUAUGAAAAGGCGUAUGAGUGUGUGUGUGAUGAGGCUCAAUGCAUGGUUUCAGGGUCCAGUAAGAGCUCAAUGACUUGGAACGUAAAGACGUAGCCGAUUCUGGCAGAGUUGUUUCUUUUCAAAAUAAACUUUGAGUAAAAACUUCAAUUAACACCUGAUGUGGAGCAGAAGACACAUGGAGGUUUGCUCAUCCCUCCCCCCAAUGCUCUGGAUUGAAGUGAGAUAAUGCAGGGAGCCUGACGGUCUGUUUCACCCAAGAUGAGACCAUGAGAUUUUAAUCCCGUGCAUGUUUGUGAUAGUUUUUCCUUUUUUGGACAAUGCGGAGCCUCCAGUGUCUGUCCAGACCCCAGCGCAGUAGGGGGAGGCUCUGCUAGUGUGGGAAUUGCUCUCUUCCUGCGCCUUUGGUGGAGCAGAGUGGGCCUGACAGUGGGGAGUCUCUCUGUGCUGGCAGUGAGUGUGUUCUCAGGGGCGGCCUCAUGAGGCUCUGAUAAAGGCAUUGAGUCUGGACCCUGUCAAUGCACUCAGGCUGCGGAUUCAGCUGACUUGUAACGUAAACAUACAGUCAUGCUGAAACCUCCUGUUAGAGUCCAUCAGAGCGUUUCCUCCCCCUCCCCCCUCUCACUCGUCCUCGUCCACCCUCUGUCAUCAUUCCUGUCAUUAUAGCAUCUUUUGAUGUGAGGCUUCUCAGCCCUCUUUAGCUUAUGUUAUUCGUGUUAUCUUGGUCACUCCUCUGCCUCUGGAAGGCUUCAGGCUCGUUAUUUUCAGACUAGUUGUGACUGAAUUUUUUUUUUUCAUUAUGAAGGCCAGACCUUCUACCCACUCCCCACCCCCCACACUCACACAAACUUACAUACGUCUUAUCGCAUUAUCAGGCUCAUUAUACUGCCAGUACAUUAAAGGCAAAUCAAACUAUGUGCCAUGAUGUCUUCCUAAAUGAAAUAAGUGCAAUGGUGAACAAGUACACAACCAACUAUCCAGAUGAGGUGAAGUGUUUUUCUCACACAGAGACAAAUUAGUAAAAACAUGUUCAGACGUGUCCUGUGCAGGCUGCUGGAAUCAAAUCUUUCCUAAGUUGUGGGCCCCUGCUCUUCUCGUCUGGGUCGUCUCGUCUGCCUGAUUGCAGAUGGCCAUUUUGUGUACUUUUCAUCUACCAGAGAGUCUUGAUUGUGCUGCACUCGUGCAGCAGCUCUAUUGUAUGUGGCGGACAAAAGCUGAAAUCUUUCAUCCAUCCACGUAACAGCCUCUAAACCCUGAGUCUGUCUCAUCUUCAAAAGCAGAGUCUGAAGAUGUACAGUGUUUGCUCAUUAUGGGCCAUUGAAUAGAUAAAUCACACAUAAUAGCAUCACUGAGAUAAACUGGUCUUUGUCUACCCUGCCCAACAAUUGACAUACAGUGUACCUCAUCAGUGUUUGUGUGCUUUUUUUUCUCUCCGUCUCUCUAUUUUAGGAAUCUGGAAAAAAGGGUUUGAUGGAUAAGAUACAUAUGGUUCAGGAAGUAGUGCUGGUCGUCCAAAAUGUUUUGGAGGAAAUCGCAAAUAUCGGGGAGCGAACCAAGAAGUAAUCGACCAUUUCUUUAUUUGUCCCACAAGUAUCUGUGUUUGAAAUGAACCGUUUGAUGAAACUGACUCUUUCUCUCUGUUUUUAGCAUUUUCAACUGGUCCGUCCCGUUCAUGUCAUGCUUGGCCUGCUUGGUGCUGUUUGUGGGAACCGCGCUGUUAUAUUUUAUCCCACUGCGAUAUAUUGUUCUGAUAUGGGGUAAGUUUUCUUCAGUAGAUUUAAAUCGUAGAAAAUACAUCAUUGAAAGUGUAAUGGGUGAAAACCAAACGCUAACUUACUCCCACCGUGUUUUAUAUAAAGUCUUUUAAUGCAGAGACUCACAAAUGGCAUAAAAGGCGACUCGUGCUGCUUUGUCGCACAAUACAAUGCUUUUUCAGCGUUCCUAACCGGGAGUCCAUGAUUUAAUGAAGUACAAUAAUUUAAGAAGGCAGCCAUCCCCACACCUCUGCAGAUGCACAGAGAUCAGACAGCUGCAGAGGUUCGCUCUGCUCAGUGUGGGCAGAUGUAGCCGAGCCCAGCAGAGGCGAGGCCCAGGGUUUGUGUGAAAACAAAGCAGUGGUAGAAUAGCAAGCUGUAUAUAAUACAUGAUGUCCUUGGGCAGUCUGUAGGCUCCUGGUCUAGCCUCUCAUUAUCUGCUGUAGUCAUACAGAAUAGACAGUCAUCUCAGUGGUCAGGGAGAUGCGCUGCCCUUAACAGGCUCUCCUCCUCCUCCAGCUGUAAGCCCACAACCACUGUACUUCCACACUGCCUUCAACACAAUCAAUACUAAAAAACCAUCAUAUCAAACAAAAAACACACAGUCUGAGACACUCCUCUGCCUCCCCAGUUAACCCCCAUCUCUGUGGUUUCAAGGCAAGCCUUUCAAGUUGCUUGCACAUAUUUAAGUCCUUAGGUUCUUUGUCUGCAUGUUGAGGUACAGGCAGUACCAAGCUGUGAAUAUAAUGGUCCCUAUUACAAGACCCCAGAGAUGGUGUUUUCUCUGUGGUACAGGGCCAAAGUAAAUAUAGAUGCGCUACAAAUCAGAGUGAAAGAAAGAAAAGUGAAAAGAAGUUGUCAUGAAAGUGCACCUUUUUUUUUUUUUUUAAAGAGUAAAGCUUUCAUCGUCAUCUGCUCUUACUGAUUUGUCGUUACCUUAUUGAUCAGGCUUGAAUUCAGUUUGGUAGAAAAAGUGUCUUAUAACGAAGUUACUCAUAACACCGGUGAUAAUCCACAUAUAUAUAUAAACACAGGAGGGGUUACACGACUUUUUUUAAUGACUGUCUUUUACGCAGCAAAACCGAGUAAAAUUACGCCGCUUGGUGCGACGCUUGUAUUUAUUUAUUUAUGUCUACUUGUUUUCACAGGCAUUAACAAAUUUACCAAGAAGCUGCGCAACCCGUACGCUAUUGACAAUAAUGAAAUACUGGAUUUCCUUCAGCGGGUGCCUUCUGAUGUUCAAAAGGUAAGGGUCCAAUUUUACAUACAGAUAGGAGGGAAUUCCCUAAAGAUGCUGCCAUUAUUUGCUGUACCAGAAUUCCCAAGCGUUAGAGAAAUGUAUCCUCCAGCUUUGUUUGAUUAUUAAUGGACUCUCGCUUUUAAAGCAGCUCUGGCCCAAUUAUUCCCCGGUGUAGCUCUGUGUAGUCGCCACAGCGCCUGAGUGAGGAGAUGCUCAGAUCUGUCCUCAGCCAUAUUGCCGCAGCCCGGUCCGUUAUUAGCAAUUUUGUCUGUCCGAUUGAAGCACUGUGACACGGAAGUUGGUGAUUGGCCAAAAGAGCCGACAGAGGGGUUCUGACGUCUCCGGCUGAAGUGUCAGCAUGGAAACUCUGAUGGCCUCAGUCACUUCAGGGUGGCGGAGUCAAUUAAUGUAGUCGUGAGCCCCAGUCGUCUUGCAGGGUGCCAUAUGUGAUUACAUAUUAACCAUGGCUGAUAUGUCAUUUUCAUUUACAUCACAGAGCUGAGGAGAGCUGUCAGGUUGUUGUAACUGGUAUCGGGUGCUCUCCGUUCUCCGGCUGAGAAUUUUGCUCGGCCAGGAAAUGAAGUGCCACACAGUGCCUUCAUCUAGCAGGUAACUCGCCAGACGGAAUUCAGCGAGAAAUCCUGACAGUCUGGAUCUGGAAAGACACUCUCACCCCAGUCUGUUUCUCUGCUGCACCCUUGAUGUCCUCCUGCAGCAAGCCAUUCCUGACUUGUCUGUGAUGUUGGAGGGAGCCUGUGUUGUUUGAGAUUUGGCUGACUGAGUUGGCAAAACAAGGUGGUGAAUACAUUUUGAUUCAGAAUCCUUUGUAUGUCUUCUUCCCCAUAGGGAUACAACGUUUGAGCUUUGAAAACGACUCACUUUCAAAUCUCAUGGAGACAAUACUUUUUAGCCGGGUUUAAAAGAAAAAGUACAUCUUGAAAAUAGCUCCAAUCAUAAAAAACAAAACACCCUUAAGAUUCAUCACAAGUGUGUUUCAUUACAUACUGUGAAAAAAUAACCUUAACAUCAUAUACACAGGAGACCCAAAACAAUAGACCACAUAUUUUGUUUUUGUUGACUUAGAACUUCAAUCCUCAGAUAGGUGUGGACACAAAAACACCACAAAGACUGAAAAUUGACUCCUGUCUUUCUUGCGAAUGUGACUUGGCAAUUAGUGCCUGCGCACAUCUACAAAGUCUUUCUCAAACGGGGACUUCUGACAACGCAGUGUCUGUCCUGAAAUAAGAAGCAUCUGUCAGUUCUGAGGACAGUUUCAUGUUCUGAUGCAGGAGGCAGUCACUUUGUUCCCACAUUCCAUCUCCCAUUCUAAUAAUGGACACCAGCUAAUUAGCAUAGAGGGUUUUUUUUUUACCUUUAUUCAACAGAUUCACCGUAUUGUUUGAGCUCAGCAAGCAGGCUUCAAAAGCAACUUUGCAAAUUCCAGCUCUUCUUAUUUCACUUCAGCCUAUGAUCAGCCCUCUGUGGAUUAUAGUGGUGGUUUUUGGUUAAAAAAAAAAGGAAAUUUUGGACGAAUGAAUUAGAAUUUUGAAAUGUUAAAGGAAACAUGAUUGCACAACAUAAAUGUAUUUACAAAUCGGUCUGAUCAUUGAGGAGUUUCUGGAGUUGUGGUAUUUAUAUUAAGCUUGAUUCUUCAUCAUGCAAAAAGAAGACGAAGGAAAAGUUGUUGAUUCAAAUGUUUUAUUUCAGGCUUUCUUUUUCCCUGAAGAAAUCAAAGUUGCACCAAAAAGUCGACCUGUGAAGCUCUGAACAAAGUUACACCUCGAACCGUGUUGUCAGUAUAAACAACACUUGCUACUAUUCUCAGCUUUAACAAAGUUUUCUUUAGGGGACAUAACUUAGACUGAGUGAUUAUGCAGUUUGCAACUCCUGCUCAGCCUGGCAGGUCAUCUCAACAGUUGAUGUCUGUUUCUAAUAUUGUGAUUGUGGUGCAGAAUGAGGGGGGCGUACACUGGUACAGAACCCUUGACUCUUCAAAUCCUUCCUCCCUGUGAUUAAUCCCCUCUGCUCCUGUGUUUAAAAAAUGAUUCAUUACAGGCGAGCCCGCCUCGCUUUCCCCUGCACCAGCUCUCCUCAGGGGAGCCAUUACCGUGCGCUCCACUGAGCUCGGAUUACCUGCCUCUGACCAAACUCCUGUUUGUUUUUACAGGUGCAGUACAGCGCUCUGAGAGCGCCCACCAGCCAGCCGCGGAAGAAAAAGUAAGCUUGGCUUGGAUGAAAGGCUGGUCUCCGUUUGAAUACGGUAUGGCGCCGUCCACCUGACAACAAUGCUCCGGUGCCAGCAGAACCCAUGACCCCUUGCACCCCAUCGUACCACCCUAACUCUGCCCCCUGCUGCUAAGGGGCAGCCAGCCGCUAUCUGGCUUGUGUGUUUGCCACCCCCCUGACAGAGGCUGUGAACUGCAGCAGCUAGGAGGGCAGCACAUGGCGCUGUCAAUCACAAGCCUGGAGGUAAAGAAAAGAGAAGCCCUGUGA